AUUCGGCGCCAUAAGUCCAGAGAACGACCCAAACGUUAUCCUCGAUUCUGAGAUCAAGUGGCUUGUGAGAAAGCGCAGCGAUGUCUAUCUCUGCGACCUCGCUUGCCUCUCUAUCAAGGCUACGUUCCUUCUCCUUCGAAUAUAAUCACAAGAGCUUCAAUACCCAGAAAAGAUGGACAACCAGAGCUUCUUCUGCUGCUCCCGGUGUUGAUUUGAAGACCCUUGAAGCUGCACUUGCUAAGAAAGAUACUGAUGCUGUUAAAGAAGCACUUGACCAACUGAGUGAAGUUGGCUGGACCAAGAAAUGGAGUUCUCAACCAUAUGUAUCACGCCGUUCGACAUCUCUUCGGGAGCUGACAACUCUUGGAAUUAAAAAUGCAGAGAACUUAGCAAUCCCAAGUGUGAGAAAUGAUGCAGCUUUUCUUUUCACAGUAGUGGGGACAACAGGAUUCCUUGGUGUACUUGCAGGCCAGCUUCCUGGGGAUUGGGGGUUUUUUGUGCCAUAUUUGAUUGGGAGCAUCUCUUUGAUAGUUUUGGCAAUUGGAAGCAUUAGCCCAGGGCUUCUUCAGGCUGCUAUUGGUGGAUUUUCAUCUUUUUUUCCUGAUUAUCAGGAAAGAGUUGCAAGACAUGAAGCAGCCCAUUUUUUAGUUGCUUACUUGAUUGGCCUUCCUAUUCUGGGGUAUUCACUGGAUAUUGGAAAAGAGCAUGUCAAUCUGGUUGAUGAAAGGCUGCAGAAGCUGAUAUACAGUGGGCAGCUUGAUGCAAAGGAACUAGACAGGCUGGCAGUGGUAUCAAUGGCUGGGCUGGCAGCAGAAGGCUUAAAAUAUGAUAAAGUGGUUGGUCAAUCUGCUGAUCUUUUCACACUUCAGAGAUUUAUAAACAGGAGCAAGCCACAGAUAAGCAAAGAACAGCAACAGAAUCUUACCAGAUGGGCUGUUUUGUUUUCUGGAUCCCUCUUGAAAAACAACAAGGUUGCUCAUGAAGCAUUAAUGUCAGCAAUGUCAAACAAGGCAACAGUGUUGGAAUGCAUCGAAGCAAUUGAGAAAGCCGCAUAAUUCUACUUCUACCACUAAAGGCUUCAUGGAUCACAAAUUCAGUUCAUCUGGUUAACCAUAUUUAGAUGUUGAUUAAAUGUUGAACCAGUUUUAUUUUUAUGUUCCUUGUUUUUAUUUUACCAAAAUAGCCACAUGAAGCAGGAUCACUCAAGACUCAAAGAGAUAAUUGAAAUUAGAUGUGCAACUCUGUACUGUUACCAGAUGUAUGGCAACUGACUGUGUUUAUUUGUGACU